AUGCCUCUCAGCUUGACCUUUCUGGAAAGGUUCGAGACUAUAUCGAAAAUACAAGCGGCUUCCAGGCUUGCAGAUGGCACCCUCUCUUCCAGCGAUGCUCAGCAUCAAGCCACAAAUCUAGAGCAAACCAUCCACGACAACUCGGACAAUUUGCAAGAUUACCAAUCUCGUAUUGAUGCCGUGAUCCGUGACUUGUCGUUGAAGUCGAGCACACAUGAGCGACCUGCAGAAUCAUCAGAAGAGUCUCUCGUGCUACCCUUAGGUGGUAUUAACAUUGGCCGUUACACGAAUGCAGUACACCAUAACGAUGGUCUGUUCUCUGAAGUCUACAAAGCAGUAGCUCAAUCUGGUUGUGGUAUCAUCCCAAAGACGCAUGGCUACGAGAAGCAUCCUUGUCUGGUCGCUCUCAAAGUCACCAAUCCGUCUGCCACAGAGCCACCUCACGAUUCCGUGCGUGAGGUACGACUACUGGAACGAGCUCGCCAUCAAUCCGUUGUAGAGCUCGUCGAAAGUUUCCAACAAGCUGGCGGCCAUCUUGUGUUGGUGUUUCCAUUCAUGCCGUAUACCCUUGACGAUAAACUCAAAAGGGGCAAGCUGCAACUGAAAGAUCAGAAAGUCAUUCUCUCGCAAUUGAUGCAGGGCCUUGAGUACAUACACAGUUGCGGGAUAAUCCAUCGAGAUAUCAAACCUUCGAACAUUCUACUAAGGAGUCCAUCUGGUCCGGCCUACAUCUCCGACUUUGGCAUCGCGUGGUCGGCUGAUGAUCCCUCAUCUGAACCUGCCAAGGAGAAGAUCAUGGACGUAGGUACAACAAGCUACCGCCCUCCUGAGCUCAUGUUUGGUAAUCAUUGGUACGAUGCGAGUCUCGAUAUGUGGGCAGCAGGAUGUGUGGUCGCUCAAGUGGUGAGCUUGGGUCCUCAAACAUUAUUUGAUUCUGGUGAUCUCGGAAGCGACCUUGCCUUGAUCAAAAGCAUCUUCUCCACGCUUGGAACCCCAGACACCGGAAGCUGGCCUGAAGCCAAAACCUUACCUGACUGGGGCAAGAUGGCCUUUGUACAAUAUCCUUCGAAAGACUGGAAAGAUGUCUUACCCGGUGCUUCAGCGGAUGCAGUCAACCUGGUGCAAAAAAUGGUCAUGUACGAAAGCGGCGACAGGAUGAAAGCGGACCAAUGGCGGAUACAAAGCUUCUUUGGCGAAGAACCUAGCUUUUAG